AUGUCGCCAAUCACAUAUAUCUCGGCCGUUCUGGUCGCCCUCGUCCAUCUUGUUUCGGCGAACUUUGACCUCAACGUUGUCCGCGGUGAAAUAGACACAAUAUUUCCUUGGCCGGAUACCUUUGGGGCUUGGGUGCUCACUGAUGGCGACGAUGUUGAGUGUGCCGAUGUUGACGGCGACCCCAUUGCUACGUGGGCCGAGAAGCCCGACCUGAGCCACGGCCGACUCGGCAUCCGCUCCAUCUACAAAGACCGGGGCUACAAAGGCCCAGAUGGAUUCACCUGGCUAUGGCCUAUGUACGGCACAGAUGGCAAUACAUACGGAGCUUGUCACGUAGAUACACGACUCAAUUGGGAAUGCGGGUUCAACGAUCACCACCUACGAUUCAAAGGUAGGCGCAAGUUCCGGUGCUUGUCCAGUGUAACGGCGAAGGAUAUCAACGAUGCAUGGAAGAAGAACCCUCCUUCAAAAACCUUUGACGGAUACAGCAACCCGGACUACCCAUACCUCCAUGUGAUCUCGCACAACGGCACGGACAUUCCACCAAACUCCACGGCGAUUGCCUGGGAGGCAUGA